AGAGCUUCACGCCCAGCGGGCGGGACCGGCGCCUGGUUGUGUCCCGCGGCAGCCGCACAUGACGCAGGUUGUACGCGCCGGCCACGGGAGGGGGUUAAGAUGGCGGUAGCGCGGCUGUCGCUGAACUUGGGGGAGGUGGAGCGGCUGGACUUCCUGAAAGAACGGCAUGUUUGUUUUUUCCAGCGUUGUCUCCAGAUCCUGCCCGAGCGGUACUCGUUCCUGGAGACCAGCAGGUUGACAAUUACGUUUUUCGCACUCUCUGGUCUGGAUAUGUUGGAUUCCUUAGAUGUGGUGAACAAAGGUGAUAUAAUAGAAUGGAUUUAUUCCCUGCAGGUCCUUCCCACAGAAGACAGCUCAAAUUUAAAUCGCUGUGGAUUCAGAGGCUCUUCAUAUUUAGGGAUGCCAUUCAAUCCAUCCAAGGGUCCUGGUAUGUCUCAUCCCUAUGAUAGUGGGCACAUAGCAAUGACUUACACAGGUCUUUCAUGUCUGGUUAUUCUUGGAGAUGAUUUAAGUCGAGUAAAUAAAGAUGCCUUACUGGCAGGACUGAGAGCUCUCCAGCUGGAGGAUGGAAGUUUCUGUGCUGUGCUGGAAGGAAGUGAGAAUGAUAUGAGGUUUGUGUACUGUGCUUCCUGCAUCUGCUACAUGCUCGAUAACUGGUCAGGCAUGGAUACAAAAAAAGCGGUAGACUACAUUAGAAGAAGUAUGUCUUAUGAAAAUGGCCUGGCACAAGGAGCUGGACUGGAAUCUCAUGGUGGUUCUACAUUUUGUGGUAUUGCAUCGCUGUGUUUGAUGGGUAAACUGGAGGAAGUUUUUUCAGAAAAAGAACUGAACAGGAUAAGAAGGUGGUGUAUAAUGAGACAACAGAAUGGCUACAAUGGACGACCCAACAAACCUGUAGACACCUGCUAUUCCUUUUGGGUGGGAGCAACUUUGAAGCUCUUGAACAUAUUCCAAUAUACAAAUUUUGAGAGAAACCGCAAUUACAUCCUGUCAACUCAAGAUCAUCUUGUUGGUGGAUUUGCCAAAUGGCCAGAUAGCCAUCCAGAUGCUUUACAUGCCUACUUUGGGAUUUGUGGCUUGUCGUUAAUUGGAGAAACUGGUAUUUGCAAAGUUCAUCCUGCCCUGAAUAUAAGCACAAGAACCUCAGAGCACCUUCACCAUCUCCAUCAGAUCUGGAACAAGGACUCUAAACAGUGUUCAGACAACACGCACAUCUCUACAUGAAUGAUUUAGACUUGAUUUUAGUUCUGAUAGCAUAAUUGUAUCCCAAGGUUAAAAGCCAUGUAUAACCAGUGUGCUCUUUUAAGUGCUGAAGUCAUACAAUCAGAUCUGUGUUGCUGGCAUCAUUUUGAUAGGUAAUUGCCUCCAGACAGUUAUUCUGCACUGGGGGAAAAGGAAAUAUUUUGGAUAUAUAGAAGUUUGUCACCACAGAUGGUAAAGAGAUCUUCAAAUGGCUUUACUUCUAAGAAAUACCUUGAGGCAAUUGAAUUUAAUUUUUAUUUUUUAUUUUUAAAAUUCGUGCAUACUGUGUCAAAAUAUAUAAUGGGAAAGUAUUUUCAAAAUCUGUUUACAUAUCAUACAGUAUAGCACAGAACCUUGAAGUUCUUUAUUACAUUAAUGACUGACAUAUUUUUGGGGAAAGAAUCUCCCAUAUUAAGUCUCAGUUAAAAGUUACCUUUUAUCAUCUAUUUUCAGAUUCCAUAAACUUUGUUUGGUUUUUUUAAGUAGAUACAAAUAAAAUUAUUUUAUUCAAUAUACUGGACUUUUAAAGUUGUGUGGCCUUACUAAAUGUAUUUCAUAAUUCUACUGAGUAGCUUCUAUACAGAUGCAGUGAAUCAUUAGCCAGACACAGUGUUUUGGACUGAAAUAUUCUCUUCAUGGGAUAUUAAUGAGAGUGCAGUGUAUUGAUGUAUAGCAUUAAGAGAUAUUCAGCACAGAAUAGCUGUGUGUGAGAGAAGCAUUAGAACCUCAUGAGGUUCAACAAGGCCAAGUGCAAGGUCCUGCAUCUGGGUCAGGGCAAUCCCCAGUAUCAAUACAGACUGGCUGGUGAAUUGAUUGACAGGAGCCCUGUGGAGAAGGACUUGGGUAUACUGGUGGAUGAAAAAUUGGACAUGAGCCGGCAAUGUGUGCUUGCAGCCCAGAAAGCCAACCGUAUCCUGGGCUGCAUCAAAAGAAGCGUGGCCAGCAGGUCGAGGGAGGCGAUUCUUCCCCUCCGCUCUGGUGAGACCCCACCUGUAGUGCUGCAUCCAGCUCUGGAGUCCUCAAUACAAGAAAGACAUGGACCUGUUGGAGUGGGUCCAGAGGAGGGCCACGAAAACAAUCAGAGGGCUGGAACACUUCUCCUAUGAAGAAAGCCUGAGAGAGUUGGGAUUGUUCAGCUUGGAGAAGAGAAGGCUCCGGGGAGACCUUAUUGCAGCCUUUCAAUAUAUAAAGGGGGCUCAUAAGAAAGAUGGAAAAAGACUUUUUACCAGGGACUGUAGCAAUAGGACAAAGGGUAAUGGUUUUAAACUAAAAGAGGGUAGAUUCAGACUAGAUAUAAGGAAGAAUUUUUUUAUGAUGAGGGUGGUGGGACACUGGAACAGGUUGCCCAGAGAGGUUGUGGAUGCCCCAUCCCUGGAAACAUUCAAAGUCAGGUUGGAUGGGGCUCUGAGCAACCUGAUCUAGUAGAAGAUGUCCCCGCUCAUUGCCAGGGGUUUGACCUAGAUGACCUUUAAAGCUCCCUUCCAACACAAACCAUUCUAUGAGUCUAUGAUGCCCCCUGCGCUGCUUGGGGUUGGGCAGGGGGAGGAGGUAGAGGAGUUGGGAAUUAAGGAGCAAAGUUGAGCCAGUGAAGAAGGGGAGUGCAGGUAUGUGGGUCAGCACAGGCAGGAUGCAGGAACAACCACAAAACCACGGAUGAAAUGCAAAGAGUAAAUUUAUUCUUGUUACCUUGCCAACUGGGGGAUCCCCAAAGCAGCACUCAGGUAGAGGCACACAAGUGGGAAUGCAGGCACUGCAGAGCUCAGUCCAUGCUAGAGAAUCACCAAACCUGCUGUUUUUGCCUGUUUCUUAGGGAUUCGCAUAGGUGUAGUUUUCCACUGUGCUUUGGCCUUUCCCACAGCAGGGCAGGAAUCUCAAGCAUGUACAAUAGGGUGCCUCUAAGUCUAUCACAGGCCUAUGUUAUCUGAACACAGAUGUUCUACUUGUCAAACACACAAGGAUAAACAACAGUUAGAAUGAUAUAUGUAUUUUUCUACACCCCAGCUGCAAGUCACUUGAGCGCAUUUACAAUCCUCCUUGCCAGUCUUUGGUUAUUAUCCCACAUUCCACCCCCUUGCUCAAGGGACCACUUCUGCUGGGGCUGGCAAAGCUGGAGGUGUCCAUUUGGGCUUGCGGGGUGUAGGGCAGGGUAAUUUACAGAAGCAUGUAAUAAACACAUAUAGAAAAAGGAAUAAACAUAUCCCUACCAUAAUGCUUUGAAUCAGGUGUCCCACCCAUCCUGUCAGGGAAUUAAACCACUCAGCUAGCCAGGCACCACCAGUAGAUUGUUUCAUUUGAUGCAUUAAGUCCUGAAGAUGUUGAAUGUCAUCCUCUACGCUGGUUGAUUCAUCAGUUAUGUUGAAGCAACACAUGCCUUCAAAAUCGGAGCAGUGUUUAUGGUGUCGAAGGAGGAAAUAGUCCACCGGCAAUUGAUUUUGUAAUGCUCCUUGGUAUACAGCCGUUACCUACUCGGAAAGAAUAGCAAUGAG